GACGGAUGCGGGGCUGCCGUCAGUGUGUGGGAGCGCCCGCUGCCUGCCAGGACUGCCCGCUGUGCACUUGCAGCGCAGGGCAGGAACUUGGCCUGGAAGGUGGAUGGGCGCUUGUCACUUGUCAGCCAGCGGCCUCAGCCUAUCAGUCCAGGCCAGGCCGAGGACGGGCCCGGACUUGGAGCUUGCGACUGCUUGCAACUUCGAGACACCAAUACCUCAUCCGCCAACCUCAUUCUCCUCCGUCGCAUCCAGCAUCUCGCCGACGACCGUAACGUCUUUCCCAGUCCUAUAGUAUUCGAUCUUUAUCCUGAGCUGGCCUCGAGGUCUUGACACUCUUCCACCAUGAGCGACCCCCGAGUACCGUCGUCUUAUAACGUGACGCCCAGGAUCCGCUACAACACCGUUGGUGGUGUCAACGGUCCUCUCGUCAUCCUCGACAAUGUCAAGUUCCCUAGAUACAACGAAAUCGUCUCAUUGACCCUUCCCGAUGGAACGCAACGCUCCGGCCAGGUUUUGGAGGCGCGAGGAAACCGCGCCGUCGUUCAGGUCUUCGAGGGUACUUCCGGCAUCGACGUGAAGAAGACCAAAGUCGAGUUCACUGGCGAGAGCUUGAAGCUUGGUGUAUCAGAGGACAUGUUGGGCCGUAUCUUUGAUGGUUCCGGCAGGGCGAUCGACAAGGGACCCAAGGUGUUGGCCGAAGAGUACCUCGACAUCAACGGCAGUCCCAUCAACCCUUACUCCAGAGAAUAUCCCCAAGAAAUGAUCUCCACCGGUAUCUCUGCCAUCGACACCAUGAACUCCAUCGCCCGUGGUCAAAAGAUCCCCAUUUUCUCCGCCGCCGGUCUGCCUCACAACGAAAUUGCUGCUCAGAUUUGCCGACAGGCCGGUCUCGUUCAGCGCCAGGGUAUUACAAACAAGGGUGUUCACGAUGGUCACGAGGAGAACUUCUCGAUUGUCUUCGGUGCCAUGGGUGUCAACUUGGAAACCGCCCGUUUCUUCACCCGCGAUUUCGAGGAGAACGGCAGCUUGGGCCGUACCACGCUCUUCCUCAACCUUGCCAACGACCCGACUAUCGAGCGUAUCAUUACCCCCCGCCUCGCGCUCACGACCGCCGAGUACUAUGCCUACCAACUCGAGAAGCACGUCCUCGUCAUUCUUACCGAUCUUUCGUCAUACUGCGAUGCCCUCCGUGAGGUCUCGGCUGCUCGCGAAGAAGUGCCCGGUCGUCGUGGUUUCCCCGGUUACAUGUACACAGAUUUGUCGACCAUUUACGAGCGUGCUGGUCGUGUCGCUGGCCGCAACGGCUCGAUCACGCAGAUCCCCAUUCUCACAAUGCCCAACGACGAUAUUACCCACCCUAUUCCCGAUUUGACGGGCUACAUCACUGAGGGUCAGAUCUUCGUCGACAGAGGUCUGCACAACCGUGGUAUCUACCCUCCCAUCAACGUGCUGCCCUCUCUCUCGCGUCUGAUGAAGUCGGCCAUUGGUGAGGGCAUGACCCGCAAGGAUCACGGUGAUGUCUCGAACCAGCUGUACGCCAAGUAUGCCAUUGGUCGUGAUGCCGCGGCCAUGAAGGCUGUUGUUGGUGAGGAGGCCUUGUCGAACGAGGACAAGCUCUCUCUGGAGUUCUUGGAGAAGUUCGAGCGCUCCUUCAUUGCCCAGGGUCCUUACGAGUCUCGUACCAUCUUCGAGUCUCUGGAUCAGGCGUGGAGCUUGCUCCGUAUCUACCGCAAGGACAUGCUCAACCGUAUCCCCAAGAAGAUCAUCGACGAGUUCUACUCGAGGUCUGCGGCUGACCGCAAGGGCAAGGGCAAGGACAAGCCCACGACCAAGGAUACCAGGGACACGGCGGCGCCCGAGGAGGAGAACCUGAUUGACGCAUAAACAUGUUGUUGGGUAUGAGGAAUGUCGGCGUGGUGCCCGGUGAGUGUUGGUUUAUGACUUUAGAGUCCUGUUUUAUGAAGCUUGUAUCUCAAAGGCAUGGGGUUUGCGCUUUUGCUGCGGUAUCGUAGAUUGGAAUUGAACAGUAUCAUUCUCUCA